UGGCGAGUUCCGCUAGACUCGGCCACUUACGACCACUUGAUCCAAUCCAACCGUAUCGCGAAAAAAUAGCUAUUGCAAAAUCGACUGAACGUUGAACCGAAACGCCCUCUAUUUAAAAAUUGGCAUAAUUCUCCAGUUCGAGCGAAGUCCCUAUAUCGUGUGUCGGAAGUUUUUGUUUCAUCGAGAUCGAUGUAAAUUGGUUUAAGUUGUGACUGUCGUUUUGGCCUGUGCAACGUUGACGGAUGAGGACGCCGGAGUUUGACGGGUGACAGGAGAAGGCCAAAUCGAGUCAGGGAGAAAGCGAUCAACGGGUUGGUGAUUUUCAUCGGUAGUGGAUCGGGACUUGAUCUGCGCUCGACAAGGAUGGCAGUUUUUCAAAGGUUACGUGGCUUGUCAAGGCUUUUAACGUCCUCCAGAGUGAUUUCACUUCCCAGGCCGAACAGCUAUUACACGUAUCUGAACGAAACCUCCGUCCCUCUACCGAAUAAGGAGCCCUGCUGGGUAAAGAAUGCCGAUGAAGCCGUUGCCAAGGCUGGAUUGAAAUCAGAUAAUAAGAUUUUCGUUCAUGGAGCUGCUGCAACACCCGUCGAACUCCUCAGAGCCUUGACCGACUACUGUAAAAAGUGUGAUUUAAGUAAUGUACGAUUAUAUCACAUGCAUCUUGAAGGAGAUGCACCUUACGCACAACCAGAUGCUGCAAAGCACAUAAAAUCCGUAAGCUUAUUCAUCGGAGGAAAUGUAAGGAAAGCUGUAAAUGAUGGGAUUGCCGACUGUAUUCCCAUUUUCCUGCACGAUAUUCCGUCGCUUUUCGAAGAAGGUAUCAUCAUACCGGACAUUGCUCUCAUUCAUGUCACGGAACCAGACAGUAGGGGCUACUGUUCUUUGGGUACUAGCGUAGACUGUGCAAGAGCUGCAGUUAUACACUCGAAAACUGUUGUAGCGAUGGUGAACAAGAAGAUGCCAAGAACCUAUGGAGAUGCUCUCAUUCACAUAAGUCACAUCGACUACGCAUUUAAAUUUGACACAAAUCUUCUUAGUCAUGGAUCAAAAGCAUCCACCGAUGCAGAGAAGAUGAUCGCCAAACACAUUGCCGAUAAUUUAGUGGAGGACGGUGCCACCUUACAAAUGGGCAUUGGUAGCAUUCCUGAUGCAGUGCUUGCAUCGCUUAAGGACCACAGAGACCUUGGUGUUCAUAGUGAAAUGUUCAGUGAUGGAAUCAUUGAUCUUGUUAACAGAGGAUGCAUUACUAACAGCAAGAAAUUGAUUCAUCGUGGGCUGAUUAUAGGAUCUUUUUGCGUUGGCAGUCAGAAGUUGUAUGAUUUCUUGGACAACAAUCCAUUCGUAGUUAUGUUAGGAGUUGAUCAUACAAAUGAUCCCAAAAUAAUUGCCAAGCAACCAAAGAUGACAGCCAUUAAUUCUUGCAUUGAAGUAGAUAUUACGGGGCAAGUUUGUUCCGACAGCAUAGGAACCAGAAUGUAUUCAGGUUUUGGUGGGCAAGUUGACUUCAUUUCAGGAGCAGCAAUGUCCGAUGACCGUCUUGGUAAACCUAUCAUCGCCUUCACGUCGGAAACGGCGAAAGGCGUCAGCAAAAUUCAGCCUGUAUUGAAAUCAGGUGCCGGUGUUGUCACUUCUAGGGCUUUGGUACGCUACGUUGUGACAGAGUAUGGAAUCGCGGCUCUCUUUGGCAAAACUCUAGCUCAACGCGCAUACGCUUUAAUUAACAUAGCCCAUCCGAAACAUCGAGAGUCACUAGAGAAAGCUGCCUUUGAAAGAUUAAAAACCAUGCCAGAACCUUAAACAAAGUCUUUCCGUAGACAUGGUAACUCCGAUUCAUCUAUAUGCCAUAAUCUACACGUCGCGGGUUAUUCUCGCAGAUGAUUAUUCUGUCUCGCUUUCCGCGAGAAAUACAUGCUCCUUGUCAACACUUAAUGCUUCAGAUUGAAACAAGUUUAUACCGAAGCAUUGUUAGAAAGUUUUUGAUAGGCGCAUAUAAUCAUCAGGGAAGUACUGUGAUGUCAAAGUUAAGCAAAAACUAAAUGGCAUUUAUAGAUGACGGGUCAAGUGUAAUGUAAUCCUGACUGCACCUGAUAACGCUGAAUAUCACAACCGUACUAAUAUCGUAAGCUCAAUAAUGGUGUAUAAUAUGAUACUGGUACAAUUUGAAGUUAUUUUAUUUUGUAUUCACUGUAUUCUUUUUAUAUUUCUAAAUUAAUGCAAUAGAAUCAAAUUUUAUGUAUAAUUUUCGAUAUUGUACUUCGGAAAAAUACAUGUAAUAUAUUGUAAAAUA